AAUCCUGGUGUCGCCGUGACGCCAUGCAGAGUGUGUGUAAAGGAAUUAAACUGUCUGCCUGCAGUACAAAAUAGCUUUGAUGUUCAGCUCAAGAAAGGCAUCCAGGCAGUAAGAGGUUUUUUCAGUCAAGAGGAAAGAAGGGAAAUUAUCUCCAGUGUCUGUCACGUGAAUCGUGUCAUCUACGAUGUCACGCGAACGAUUGGUGAAGACGCAAACUUUUUGAUCUGGCCUCCUAUUGAUACUGGAGAAAACAAAAUCAAUCCAUUGUAUGACGCAAGAGUAUGUAAAGUACUACUUAAACAAAGUAUGGAGCAUUGUUGUGUUAAACCAUGGUUAUUUGGUCAGAAGGGCGAAGAGGAGCACAAGCUGAAGUGGCCGAGGGGCAUCGCUACAAACUCCGGCGGAGAAGUCAUUGUCGGGCAACACGAGGAUGGUUGUGUGAAGGUGUUUGACAGCAGCGGCAAGUUUGUUAAACAUUUCAGUCUCCCUAACGAAAAUACAGAGUUAUAUAUAUACGAUGUCGCCACAGACACGAACGACAACAUCUUUGUGCUGACCGAUAUAAACGAUGUCGCCACAGUCACGAACGACAACAUCUUUGUGCUGACCGGUCAUAUGGAGCCACGGGCUAUGAGAUCUUGGUGGAUUUAUAAACUUACGAAAACCGGUGACCCGUAUCACAGGUUUCGUUUGAGGAGAGAGGGCUGGAACGAGUACACAGGACUGUCAGUGAGUGACACGGGAAAAGUACUGACAGGAGGAAUGGAGGUGGAGGAGUAUGACAGUAAUGGAGAGUUUGUUCGCAGUUUUGGCGAAGGAAUAUUGAAGUUGCCGUUGGAUGUCACUGUCGCUACUGAUGGCCGUGUUAUGGUAGUGGGCAGACGUGAUUCCUGUGUUCACAUAUUCAGUGAACACGGUGACCAUCUUAACAAAUUUAAACUGCAAAGAAAUGACUGUGACUACACGAGGAUUACAUUUCACCGAACAGGUGAACAUGUCGUCAUCGCUGGUGAUAGAGAAGAGAAAGAACUCCUGCAGGUUGAGAUAUACAGCAAAGAUGGCGAGUUUGUGCGUAGUGUAGAAAUCCAAAUUGAUGGGAUAUAUUACGUAACAGGGAUUACAGUGACUACUGAGGGACGCAUUGCUGUUGUUGCACGUACUAAUGUAAGUCACAAGGUAUUUGUUUUUUAAACUGCUGUUUUUGAUGUUUUUCUGUUGUUGAGAAUGUGUAGGGACUUUUAGGGUAAGCAUCACAACUCCCCAUCAUGGCUCUUAUUCGCUGCUUAUUCUCUUAGCUACAAUCAGCGUCAAGAUUAGUUUACUCAUGAUGUUUGAGAAGAGUUAUGUGAAGAAAAACAGUCCUGUUUCUACCACUCUCUAAAUUAUUAACAGACCCCUCCCCCAUUCAAUGUUUGCUAAAAGUUCAUGGAAACAC